AGAGGGAAGAGACAUGACGUACAUACGCCAUGUUCGCCAUGUUUUGAUGUCGUCAUCCCCCCCGAACGCCGUUCGCCAAGUGCAGCACAAUAGUCUGUGUUUUGUAGUGAGUGUUUCCCCGUAACAGUGCGUUAAUCGCGUUUCUGGUGAUUCGUCCCGUUGAAUCAUCCAGCACCCUCCCCGUAGCACGUAGAUCGCAUGCACGCCGCGAAGCUGGAUAACCCUCGACCACCUCGUAGAAGCUUCGCUGAACGUGGGCGCUCGAACCUUUUUAUGUCCGAGGAAGUGCGACCGCGGUGCGGGGGGGGUUCGUGAGCGUCGUCUACGUGGUGAUUGUGUCCCAGUGUGAGACAGGGUAACGUCGUCGCUCCGAUAAUCGUCCUUGUUUUAACUUCAGUUAGCACUGCCUCCUCCUACUCGCUAUUGGCCGCUGCCUGCCUCGAGCCCUUCAAUAGACAGCCAGUCACUCGAUACCGUUGGCUUUCUGUGGUUACAUCACGUCACCCUGAGCGGGCGUAUCCAACGGGUCCCUCGGAUCCGUGCAGAGAGAGAGCGUCUGGUUCUUGUGCGUACGUACGUGCGUACGUGCGUACGUCCGUGCGUGCGUGCGUGCGUGCGUGCGCGCGUAUGUCUGCUCCUUUUCUCGCCUGCGGAACCCGAGGAGAAAAAUGGAGCUGCGCUUGCACUCGCCAGCGGGAGCAGAACCGAUCGUGUACCAGUGGCCACUUACAUCCGGAUCAGGAUCUGUGAGUAGAUCUAAACGUAACAGAUUUUAUGAUCGUCACGAUGGAGCACUGGACGUUGUUGAAACCAUGCGAUGGGUUUGCGAAGAUUUGCCAGACCUGAAAUUACCUUUAGAAAAUAAUAUUCUUUGUAACUAUGAUACCAGAGAUUAUGAAAGUAUGAAAAACUUAUGUGACAGAUUCAACAGAGCAAUUGAUAGUUUAGUACAAUUGGAGAAAGGCACUAGCCUACCAUCCCAGAGACUAAAUAAGAGACCUAGUAGGGGUUUACUUCGUCAUAUAUUGCAGCAGACAUACAAUCAAGCUGUUGUUGAACCAGACAAGCUAAAUCAAUAUGAACCUUUUUCACCUGAAGUAUAUGGCGAAACGAGUUAUGAACUUGUGUGUCAGAUGAUCGACCAGAUCGCCGUAACAGAGAACGAUGUCUUUGUCGAUUUGGGUUCUGGAGUUGGUCAAGUGGUUCUUCAGAUGGCAGCUGCAACUUUAUGCAAAAUUUGCAUAGGUGUGGAGAGGGCCGAUGUACCAUCGAGAUACGCGCAGAGCAUGGAAAUGAACUUUCGAAAAUGGCUAAAUUGGUACGGGAAACGAUGCGGGGAAUAUCGGUUGAUAAAAGGGGACUUCUUGGCGGACGAACACCGCGAGAGCAUUACAGGAGCUACGAUAGUGUUUGUUAACAAUUUUGCGUUCGGCCCAACGGUUGACCACCAACUAAAAUUGCGCUUCGCCGAUUUACGGGACGGCGCGCGUAUAGUAUCAUCAAAAUCAUUCUGUCCGUUGAACUUUCGUAUAACGGAUAGAAAUCUCAGUGAUAUCGGCACGAUAAUGCACGUGUCCGAGAUGUCACCAUUAAAAGGCUCCGUCUCUUGGACUGGUAAGCCGGUGUCUUAUUAUUUGCACGUUAUCGAUCGAACUAAAUUAGAACGUUAUUUCCACCGCUUGAAGAACAAUAAACAAGGUGGCUUAGAUGAAAACUCUGAUUCUGUGAUAAACAACACUGCCAGCAAUAGUAGUAAGGUUUCUAAUAGGAACGAAAGAAGUGACAGAGCCAAGAGAGAUCUUUCGAGGCAACUAGAUAGUCCGAAUCAUUCGGAACAACACGGGACAAACAGCGACUCCGACUUGGACGACAGUACUAUAAAAAGUCGUCGUCAACCGAACAAAAUAAGGAGGAAGCUCAAUAGGAAAAGUAACGGCAUCACGAAAGCUCCAGCCAGAGGUCGACAGAGAGGACGAGGUGUUAAGAGGGCUAAGCCUAAGAAGGCGAUUAAUAUAUCUGGGUUAGACUUGUUACACAGUCAAACUUUACUCAGUACAUCACCACAAGCUCUCGGGAAGAAACCUCCACCGGCACCUGGUUGUGUAGAUCAACAACUCUCUUCAUUGUCGCUUUCUUUGCAGUCGCAUUCCACUUCCGUACAUGAGGAACUCAGUAUACCGCCUGCUCCGUCCGCGACUCCGUAUGCUUUACAGAUACUUCUGGACAUGUACAGGGACCAAUUCAUGCUUAUGUUAGAAUCGAUGAGGACUCCCAGCUAUCGAGUAUCCGUCAAUACGGAUAUCUCCAAAGAAAGAGAAAGAAAUUCUAAGCUUCAGUCGAGAGCGGCGCAAUUGGAGAAACAAAUCAAGGUCUUGAUAGACGACAGCGUAGCUCUCUUAAAAGCGCGAAUGACUGAAUUAGGUAUCAAUGCUACAUCACCCGGGGAUCUGUUGGCGAAAGCCAAAGAAAUAGUUCUGCGGCAUAAGCAGUUGCAAGCUAAGGCGAGCAAAUUGCAAGCGCAAGUGGCGUCCAUAGAAACUGAACAGAGCAGGCUGGUGGCGCUUAGACACCAAGAGUUACAAGAGAAAUAUAACAAUCACGCUAAUACUAAUGGCAUAUCGAAUUUAUCCCAAUCGCUCACGCAGGAUUAUAUAUUGAAGGAAAUUUCUGCCACUCUAUCUCAGCGCAAACGAUUACAUUCUCAAGUUUCGAAGCUUGAGCACGAAUUGAAUGUAUUGGAGAGGACAACUACCGAAAAUAAAUCAAUAGCUGUGUCUCAGCAGCAGAGGGAUGCAAUGGGAAGUAAACAUAUGCAAAAUUUACACCUUCAAUCGCAAGUUACUAAGAACGGGGCGGCGCGAAAAAACAGAGAGGGUCGUUCAAGAUCGCAAGAUUGGCCGGACGUUCCGGAUAUUGGGAAAAUUCAAGAGAAUAAUCCAGAAAUAUUGGCGCAAAAGAUCUUAGAAACAGGAAGACAAAUAGAGGCAGGUCGUGUGCCGAGCAGACAGAGUACGAAUACCAACAAUAAUUCCAGGACAAGACUACCGCAGGCGUCGCUCAGCUUCUCUACUACACCAUCGUCCAUUUCAUCCACGCAAUCACAGGUGGCUGUUAAAGACGCAUCAGGUAGAACUCAAGAACCGCCCAGAGUGGCUAAUUUCGAAGACCGAUUGAAAAGCAUCAUCACGAGCGUAUUGAACGAAGAUCAGCAGAACAGAAAUAAGCAGCAGCAACUCCAACUGCAUGUGCAACUGCCAAAUCAGUCCGAACCCGAGAGGAAACGUCUCAUGAUAUCGCAGAAUGUUUCCACUCCGGAUUAUACCCAAGUUUCGCCCGCGAAACUAGCUCUUCGCCGUCAUCUAUCGCAAGAACGCCUCUCAUCUCAUUUGACAUCAUCCGACAGAUCGACAGUUGAUUCUAGACAAUCAUCGAGUCAUGACAAUCGCCUUGUAGCAGGUGGAAAUGGAUUGCUCGGUGCUAGAACGAUCGGCGAGCUCGUCAACGGGGAAAUUGAGAGGACCUUAGAGAUAUCGAAUCAAUCGAUCAUAAACGCCACUGUCGAUAUAAGUGCGAUGAUAAGACCCGAAACCGUAUACUCGCCCAUUAGCAGGCCGGCGAGUGCUGAAGGAGAUGCUGGUUUAUCGACUUUGGCGCAUGUGGCCAGUUAUGCACCUAUCUCCUCCGGAAUUUCCACAUCCACCCCGACAACUAGUUCGAGAUCAUCCGUGCUUUUCACUCCGGUAACGCAACCGCAAAGAUACACGCCAGUUCAGUUGCCGCGAGCAGACAUCAAGCCUUAUCACGAGUCGUACUUUUCGGAUAAUGUUUCUCAAUCACAAACACAGUCCCAUUCAACAACACCGUCGCUACAUUCUUCUCAGAACGUAGCGAACGGAGAAUUGUUACCCGUAGAAGGACUCGCGGCUUCGUUACAUGCACGAUUAUUGAACAACUCUAAUGGUAACGGCAAAGUCGACUUGCCGCUUUCCAACAACAACAGAAGUUCUAGAUUUCAACCGUACUCACGGUAUACAAGUAACGGUAACAGUAGUGCCAAUGCGACAACAAGCGGCACGAUGACGGCGAUUUGCCAAUCGCAACCUGCUGUGUCAAUAAAAACGGAAGCGGUUGUUUCAUCGGUGAGCGGAGCAUCUCUAAGUCCCCUCGUGGAACCGCAUUCUAAUAUGUCGACACCGCUAGUCGAUGAACCCCAGAUGACGCGGAGGCAACGAAAUACUGAUGAUGACGGAGAAGCUGAUUGGCAAGAUCGCAUCAGCUCCGGAUUCGAUCGCUUGGUCGCGUUUGCUUCUACAGAGUUGGACAAACGCAGGCGAUCGACCGAAGGAGUGAACACAAGUCCGGACAGCGGAUUAGGCUCAGACAGCGCGGUAACAGGACCGCCGCCGGUAGUACCGUCGCCCGACGAAGCGUUAGGGCCGCCGAGAACACCCUCUCCGACCAGUCCCCGUCCUCCGAAUCCAUCCAACGGCAAUCCCCCAAACGGCGCGUCUACCUCCUCGGUACCUCUGAAAUACCAGCGGCAACCAGACCCCGAGCGACAUCAUUUCAAAAAAAAGUUUUUUCAUCGUGAUUGGAAUAAUUCCGCGAGCACUAGCAAAUUUCGCCCUAAAGGCAAGGACUGGGAUUGGAACCAUUCUGGACAAUGGCCCUCGAACGAUGAACAAUCUUAACUCCAUCUUUAUUGUGCGAAAGAUAGUUUUUCUUGCACAUAUUGAGAAACAUGGAGAAUUUGCCUGCUCUUAUGUAUUCGAUUAUAUAACGAAUAGGGGCGGGCGUUGUUUUCGCUUUUACAUUUUUUAUUUAUUUGUGUUUCGUUAUCGAUUAUCACACUCACACACAUACACAUAUAUUUCUCUUGUAUCGUGUUAAUUGCGAACACAUCCCUAAUUGUGCGACACAUACAGGAGAACUAUUUCGUACGAUGUAUUCUAUUAAAGGUUAAUGAAGGGAGAAACUGUAUCUAUACGGGAGCGCUUGACUAGUUAUACCUACAAAAUCGACGAACCGACGCUUGUUUUCCACAUCUGUCGUAAGAUAUAUUUGUAUCGCAAUGAGAGAGAGAUAAAGAAAGAGAGAGAGAAAGAUAGAAUAGUUACGAGGCUAAUUAAAGCCCACUUCGGACGACUCUGUAAUUCCCAGUAGAAUGCGGAGCAGAAUUUUAUUUGUAAUUUUAUAAUGUUGGCAAAUAUUUUGUAAACUUGUAAUAUGAAAAAGCAUUUGUAGAAAUUUAUAUAUGUGUUCAUGUGUCUGGUAAGUCUUAUUCUUUACAUGCUUUACAAGUAGAGUUCCGUUCCGAAUUCUCGUUUAAUAUUGUUCGAGAUGGGCUUGAUACGAUAAUUAAGGGAAUCGCGGAGUGAGAUCGUAAACUUAUUAGCAAUAUACGCAAGUGUAUUAAGAAGAAUUUAAAGACCUUGACAAAGAUUUAUCAGACAUUACUCUCCGAUUCGUAGCACUUUAACUUAAUAAUAUUAUUAGUGAUCAGAGUCUUUUUUGGUAAGGCUUUGCAAAUAAUUAUUAUCAAUUUGGUCUCUUUUUAACACGAUUACACAAUACCACCGAGAUUGACAUGCCAUGUGUUUUUGUAUAAUAUGCAAAAGAGUCUUGUAAUCCGCGCCUGUAUACGUACACACAUAUGCAAUAUACAUACACAUAACACAUAAUUACUGCAUAUUAAACACGUUAGAGAAGUAUAUUAGAGAGAACAAUGUACCAUACGUGUUACAGGCGUGCAUUACGACGGACCGGUCGAAACACAAUUGGCAUCGGCAAAGAAAAGAGGGAAAAAAAGAGCAAGCCAGCAAAACCUCUGUGUGUUCGUAGCAAAUAUUUGCUGCAAAUUUUAUAUGCGGCUAAAUCUUCCACCGUCUCUGGAAGAUGUAUACCUAAGUGUUCACUGUGGCUCAUAGAAUUAUUGUAACAACGGACAGAGCGGGGAAAUAGUCACUUGGCGGGAACGUUGAAAAUGGGAAAAUUCGUUCUUUUUGCACGCGCAUCUACAUACGUCGUUGUACGAUUAUAUACGUGGAAUAUCCAAAGAAAAUGGUACUUGCGAGUGAGUUUACAUAGUUUCGAGUGGUGCACCCGUAUUGGGCAUCACGCGUGGGUGCUGCGAAAGAAGAAUAGAGUAAUCAUCAAGUAAUAGUAUUUCGAGUCGACGAUUUAUCCGAGGCAUUCGUCGGCGCGACAUUGAUUGUAUAAAGGUCCCUUCUUUUUUACAUUGUCUCGCAUUGUCUUACUUAUAUAUGCGAAGGGAGGGAAGGACGGCGGUCACACAUCGCGUUUCGGAGAUUUUGAGAGGAUUAGUUAAACGAUCAUUAUUUAACAAUCUCCUGUGGGUCUUUAUACAUUUAUAGUUGUAACGAUAUAGCCCUCUGCCAAGCAUGUCGGACACACUGCCGAAUCUUCUAUUGAUUAUUAAUUUUAUUGAACGCAACUAUAUUAUUUAUUGUUUUUAUUGAAAUAUUUUAAUACUAUUACUAUUUGUAACAAGUAA